AUGGAUCCUCAACAACAUGAGUCUAUCUAUCAAGAGCGGUCGAUGAGAGUUAUUUGCAUUGGUGCUGGUGCUUCUGGAUUAUUGCUGGCCUAUAAGCUGCAAUCACAAUUUUCCAACUUCUCGUUAACGAUAUACGAGAAGAAUCCCGAAAUAUCGGGAACAUGGUAUGAGAACAACUAUCCAGGAUGUGCAUGUGAUGUUCCUGCACACAACUACACAUAUUCGUUUGAACCAAAACACGAUUGGUCAUCGUUAUACGCGUCUUCAUCAGAAAUCAAAACAUAUUUUGAGGGAUUCUCUAGCAAAUACCAACUGGGAAAGUACAUCAAAUGCUGUCACGAGGUUCAGCAUUCCAAAUGGCUAGAAUCCACGGGGCAGUGGACCGUUGACGUAGCGGACCUUGAGAAUGGGGAAAUCAUUCAUGACCAGUGCGAUAUCCUGAUUAAUGCUACUGGGUAUCUCAACAAGUGGGCAUGGCCCGAUGUACCGGGACGAGAAACCUUUAAAGGACAAACGGUACAUAGUGCACAUUGGGAACAGUCUCUCCAAAUAGCAGGCAAGAAGGUUAUACUUAUAGGCAAUGGCUCCUCCGCAGUUCAGAUUCUCCCCCAGAUCCAACCGAUCGCUGAACAUAUAACUAUGUUUGUCAGGUCGCCACUUUGGAUGUUGCCACCAAUAUCUCUCGAGUCAAAAACCUACUCAAAAUCAGAUAUUCAGCGUUUCGCUGAUAACCCAGAUGAACUAAUGAUCCUUCGAAAGAAGAAUGAGAACGUGGUCAACAGUAUUUUUAGUCUAUAUCUGUCCGACUCAAAGCUGCAGGAGGUUUCGAAGAAGCAGCUUCGGAUCUCUAUGCAGAACGAGCUUCAGGACCCAGUGUUAGAGGAUGUGCUUAUUCCGGAAUGGGGAGUAGGGUGCCGGCGAUUGGCGCCUGACACUGAAUUUCUCAAGAGCAUCAAGAAAACAAACGUUCAAGUAGUCAAGGGAGGGGUAACUGCGUUUACUGAGGCUGGUUGCAUUGGCCCUAAUGAUAUAGAGUAUUCGGCAGAUAUAAUUAUCUGUGCUACAGGAUACGAUACUUCGUUUGUUCCUCGAUUCCCGAUCCUGGGGAGUGGUGGCCGUAAUCUACAAGAUGAGUGGGCCACAACACCUUCAUCAUACCUGGGAAUCGGGGCAUCCCACUUCCCAAAUUACUUUAUGUUCUUGGGUCCAUACUCCCCAGUAGCAAAUGGCCCAACACUUGCGGCAAUCGAAGCACAAGCAGACCACAUCCUCAAACUCCUUGACCGAUAUCAGACUGAACCCAUCCACCGCCUCUCCCCCCAACCUGCAGCCGAGGCAGAUUUCUCUUCACACGUAGCAACCUUCAUGACAAAAGCAGUCUAUUCUGAAGGAUGCCGCUCAGGACACAAGAACCACACCAUCAAUGGACGGGUACCAACUCUCUGGCCUGGGAGUACGCUGCAUUACCUACAAACCAUGCAGGAUGUCCGGGCUGAUGACUGGGAUAUUCGAUAUUCCGGGAAUCGGUUUUCAUUUUUAGGGAACGGCAUCAGCCAGGCAGAGUGCGACCCGACGAGUGAUUUGGGGUAUUAUCUACGGGACCAUGAUGAUUCAGCGCCUAUGACGAGACGGAAGAGGAUGGAUAUUAUUAUUAGAAGUGGGAGUCAACCUGCGAGGGUUUUGCACACUACAUAUAGGCCGUCCGUUGUCAAUCUGGCGCCUAAGCAGGGAACUCCCGCAUAUGGAAUGAGCUUAAAAGAGCAUAACUAUAGUUCUAGUGAGGAGGGAGAGGUGGAAAAAGUUGACCGAGAUAGUAUCACCGGGAAAGGUGCGUGGGGAUGGAUGCAGAAGGGGUUUGGUAACAUCACUCAGUGCUUUCAGCCGCAUAAAGGAGCCGGGGAACAUAUCCCAUAG